AUGUGUUAUUUUGAAAUAUUAUUAAUUUUACAAUGUCUUGUUGUAAUCUACUUAUUAUUCAUGUACUUUAAUGGAUCAAUCUUACGACAAAAGUCAGGAAUUAAUGAAAAGAACCAAAAAUUAGGACUUAUGGAUGCAAAGAAGCAAGCAAAGGAUGAAUAUAUUAUUAAAAACGAUUAUGAGGACAUUUGGAAUCCAGGCGUUGGCUUCUCGUGUGAAGUCAUAGAAAUUAAAGUAGAAUCACCAAAAAACAGCGAUACAUACAAUAAUAAUCUUGAAUAA